AUGAGCCAUUCGUCUCCUGUGAAAAAUGGCGGCAGUAAUGUUCCUCCCGCAAGGCAAAUACGUUUUGUUUCAAGCGAUGGACAGCCCCAGCCGAAGCGCCGUCGAGUCAAUGCGGCGUGUCGGACAUGUCGCAAGCGGAAAAUAAGAUGCUCUGGUGAACAGCCAGUGUGUAAAACUUGCUUGGACUACAAACAUGUCUGUUUAGGAUAUAGCGAACCUUCUACUCACGUUCGGACGCAUUCAGAACACGCGUCACAAACAUCUAGCCUCACCCCUCUGCCUUCUGCUAGCGAGCGAACAAAUCCUCGGACGGUUAAGAGUCAAAGUCCAGAUGGUGCUUCACAGUAUAAGCAACCCGCAGGCGGUGGCCUUGACCGGAACGCCGAUCAUACAAGCUCUCAGGAUGCCUUUGUAUCGAGAGACGCACCUUCGAGCAAUAUCCGUGAGUCGGAGCAGCAUACGACCGGAGCAAGUCCGGAAAGCAGUCGGACCUCCCUAAGCUCAAGCCAUCGCACCCACGUUCCUUAUUUUAGAUAUUUUGGGCCGACAGCCAUUGUCCCCGGCUUCAAACAGAUGGUAGUACAGGUGCGCGGGUCUCGCAAAAGCAAUACUUCGUUGUCUUCAGAGUCCCUUUCGCCUCUUCGAAGUCCAAAGUCUGCAAACGUGGGCGUCGGUCAUAUAGAUUCGCUGAUCGAUAACCGUGAGUUCCGAGACGCGAACACCAUUCCGUUCUAUGACCGAGACGAUACUUUACCUGUCAGCAACCUAGUCAUGCACCUUUGCGACCUGUUCUUCGUUCAUCUGGGCUGCAGUUUCCCAUUCUUACAGCGAGAUCGGUUUCUUCGUGACCUAAAGGAUAAGAAAGUCGAUACCAUGCUCGUUGACGCAGUCUGCGCCUUGGCCGCGAGAUUUUCGCCACACCCGCUAUUGGGUCCUCCUCAGGCGCCGUCUAUCGAUGGCUCAGAGUUGCAGACUGACGUGAAGAACUCAGACCGCGGUCAGGCAUUUGCCCAUAGGGCAAUGGGCGCCUUGGUCGACUCGCUUUCAUGCCCCACGCUCUCUGUUGUUCAAGCCUGUCUUUUGCUGGCCUACGAACAAUUCGGAUCGAAUCAUGACAGCGGUCUCUGGAUGUAUCUAGGUAUUGCCAUUCGAAUGGCUCAGGAUCUUGGAAUGCAGAAGCUGCAGGGACUGAAUCACAGCUAUGGGCGGAGGGGCGUGACUCCAAGUGCAGUUGUGUCUGGACAGGCAGGACGGUUACGGGAGGAAGAAUAUGAUCAAUGCGAUGGUGCUCGAGUUCCUUUAAGCCCCAGCACCGAGAUGAAGCAUACCGAGGACCAUCGCGCCUGGGAGCGUGAAAAGGUCGACACGUUCUGGAGUAUUUUCUUCCUGGAUCGUGUAAUCUCCUCUGGCACUGGGAGGCCAGUCACGCUACGCGACGAGGAAAUAGAGUUAUGUUUCCCGCUACAGUCGGAAUCGAAACUAUCGAACGGCUGGCCUGCACCGUUCCCACCACUCAUUCGCAUAAUACACCUUUACGGAAGAGUCACGGAUCUGAUCAAUGGUAUUCAGGAUGCAAACCAUGUCACGACAGAGACCUUGAAGAGACUUGCCGGGAUGGAAAGUGAUCUGACAGGCAUCUACCAGCGAUUGUCGCCCAGACUGCAUUUUAACGCGGCCAAUUUCCAGGCCUACGUGAAAGCGAAAGAAGGAACAAAUUUCAUACUUCUCCAUUUUUGGUUUCACACCCUCAUCGUCCUUCUUCACCAACCCACUCUCCUGAAUUCGUUCGGCGGUACAAUACAGCAUCUCUACCCAAACAGCAGAGAAUUGUCGAUGUCCUCAGCCAAGACAAUAGCCGACAUUCUAUCUUUCUCCGAGCUUGUUGAUGGGAAGAGCUUUAUCGGCAAUCCAUUCACGAGUCAGCCAAUGUACAUCGCUGCCUGCGCUUUUCUCAUGGAGAGCGCAUAUUAUUCGUCGCCCCCUUCGAGAUCGGGUUCCCCUCCUUGUCAACCGCUUCUCAAUGACCAGUCGAGUAGCUUCGUGAUGCCAAACAUGGACUCUUCUUCGGAACGGAAGUCGAGCGCUAAGCAUAUACUUCUCGCUUCCGCUGCCCGAGAAAACUAUCAGCGGUGCUACAAAGCCCUCAAGGCUCUUGAGACAUAUUGGGAGGGUACUAGGUAUAUUCUAACCGUUCUAGAUCAGAAGGCUAAGGGUAUCGUUGAUCCAUUACUCUAUACUGAAGAGGAGAUGGAAAUUGCAACUGAGACAUUUCCACUUCCGCCCUCCGCUGCCUCCACCUACCGACAAGCAAAGUCACCAUUGAGUGCCACUGUUGAGCCAAGAAAGGCGGCAAGUGCUGCAAAUUCCUUCGCACAAGGCAGAAUAUCACCGAGGAUUGACCCGGGGCAAGCCAUUGGAUGGGCUCUUACUGGAGCCACCAACUCUUCUCAACCAAACCUCAGCUUGUUAUACCAGAUGCCAGCUUCCCAAGCCGAUUAUGACUCGAAUAGACCUACCUAUUCUUCUCAGUAUAGCCACAGCUACCCCAAUCUACCGGCGCAAGGUUCAAGCUCGUAUCCGCAGUCAGUGGAAACGACGCGGGCUUCAGACGGGGCACGAUCUUCGUCAAUCUCUAAUGGACCCGCGAAAUACGGUUCGCUUGUCCCUCCUGGACGAGUUGCUGCUUCCGAUGCCAAUCUUCUACUGGGCCUAAACACAUCAUACUCUAACAGAACCGAUAGCACAUCGAAUACUCAACCAACUUACACCCAGGGCCUCACCUCUUCGCCCUCGUCUCAACUGCACCCUCAAACCUCUCACUACAGUUACACCAUGGCGUCUGCACAGAGCGAGCGGCAUGCAGGUAGCAGCCAUAUAAAUCCACAAUCGACACAUCUACAAUCAAACAUGGGCUCGAACUUCGGUGGGGUCUUUAUAGAAAGCCAGGAUGUCGAUGUGAAUGCUCUCCAACAACAAGAGCACUUUCCAUUUCCCUUCAAUGGUGAAAUUCUGCCCUACCUUGAAUAUCUACCGCAAGAUGUCCUUCAUUACUUUGAGGAACAACAAAAUUACCCUCUGAUGAGCGCAGACGAAAAUCAUACCCGACCUUCGGAAUGA